AUGGACGGCCGACCUCAAAAUGUCGGAAUCAAGGGCAUGGAGCUCUACUUCCCAAGCCAAUGCGUCGACCAAACAGAGCUCGAGAAGUUUGACGGAGUCAGCGCGGGCAAAUACACCAUUGGUCUCGGCCAAACCAAAAUGUCCUUCUGCGACGACCGGGAAGACAUUUACUCCCUCACUCUGACGACCGUCUCCUCGCUGCUCAAGAAGUAUAACGUCGACCCUGCGUCGAUCGGUCGCUUGGAGGUGGGCACUGAGACGCUCCUGGAUAAGUCGAAGAGCGUGAAGAGCGUGUUGAUGCAAUUGUUUGAGAAGUCGGGCAACUUCAACGUAGAGGGUGUGGAUACCGUCAAUGCCUGCUACGGCGGCACGAACGCUCUCUUCAACACACUGAACUGGUUUGAGUCUUCUGCAUGGGACGGGAGGAACGCUAUUGUGGUCGCUGGCGACAUUGCUCUAUACAAGAAGGGCGCAGCACGACCGACUGGUGGUGCUGGAUGCGUUGCUAUGCUUCUCGGCCCCGACGCACCAUUGGUCUUCGAGCCAGGUCUUCGCGGAAGCUACAUUACCCACGCCUACGACUUCUACAAGGCGGAUUUGACGAGCGAGUACCCGAUCGUUGAUGGUCACUUCUCCAUCAAGUGCUACUCCGAGGCUGUUGAUGCUUGCUACAAGGCGUACAACGCGCGAGAGAUGAAGCUGAAGUCGCAGACCAAUGGUCAUGCCAACGGUGUGCAUGCCGAACCCGAGACACCCCUCGAUCGAUUCGACUACAUGUGCUUCCACGCACCCACAUGCAAACUCGUCUCGAAGAGUUACGGCCGUUUGCUUUAUAACGACUAUCUGAACGAUCCCUCGAACGAACUCUUCAAGGACGUACCCGCCGAGAUCAAGGACAUUACCUACGACCAAUCGAUCACCGACAAGACUGUCGAAAAGACCUUCGUGGGCCUCUCAAAGAAGCGCUUCGCCCAGCGCGUGCAGCCCGGAAUCGAAGUCCCAACUAUGUGCGGCAACAUGUACUGCGCCUCCGUCUACUCCUCCCUCAUUUCAUUAAUCAGCAACAUCUCUUCCGAAGAUCUGCAAGGCAAGCGUGUCGGAAUCUUCUCUUACGGUUCUGGUCUUGCUUCGUCCAUGUUCUCGCUCAAGGUCAAUGGCAGCACGGAUGAGAUGAAGUCCAAGAUCGAUUUGAAGACACGAUUGGAAAGCAGGCGAACAGUGGCGCCCGAGGUCUACGACGAGAUGUGUAACCUGAGGGAACGAGCACAUCUGAAGAACAACUACAAGCCCGAGGGUAAGCCGGAGACUAUCUUCCCCGGCACGUAUUACUUGACGAAUGUGGACGAUAUGUUCAGGAGAUCGUACGAGAUCAAGCAGUAG